AGGCCCUCACUCCACCAGCUCACGCUUAUAUCCGAGGAAACCGAGUGAGCUCUCCACGACUAACAAAGCGCUCAGUCUCGCCCAAUUCUCGUGGUCGGAUGGUGCACUGGGUCGGUCCAGAGUUAUCCCACUUGUGGGCACAAAUUAAAUAAUUAUCGAUCCGUGAAUUGUUUAAAGUGUUGACAGAUCGAGGAGGAAAGUCGUCUUUAUCUCAUUCCACAUCUCCUCCCACUCUGGGAAUUUUAAUUCGAUUGUGCGGUUGCGUAAUCGAGCCACAUGUUCAUACAUUGAUGACAAGACGGAGGGAACGGCGACGCUGAGGGUCGCCAAAGUGUGAAUAGCAGAGGAUUCCGAGGAGAUUGAGUGAAUUGGUUCAUUGAUUAGUCCUGCAAAUACAUAUUUUACAACAUGAGACCCUGGACCAACAGAACAGUCACCCUGGCUGUUAUUGGGAUAUCGCUUUUUUCGGUUGGAAUUGCUCUGAUGUUCCUCUGGCCAGUGCUCUUCCAUCAUAUUCUCAGUCAGGAACUUCCUAUCACACCUACAUCACGUGUCUUGGAUCUGUGGAGAACAACUGGUGACAAAAUACCACUCAACAUGGAGUUCUAUUUCUUCAACUGGACAAAUCCCCACGAGUUAAAAAUCCCAGGAAAAAAACCGAAUUUCGUUGAAGUCGGCCCCUACACGUUCAUCCAUAAGACGGAAAAAAUCAACAUCACUUUUCAUCCGGAAAACAGCACCGUCAGCUACUUUGUGAGGAAGCACUGGUACUUUGAUGCGGAGAAGAGCAACGGCCGUUUGAACGAUACUGUAAUUCAGCUGAACGUCGUCGCGGUCGCAGCUGCAACCAAAGUCAGAUACUGGGACAAAUUCCUCCAGGGAUCGCUCUCCAUGUUCCUGAGUGAAAUUUCCUCGAUUCACGUCGUGAAAACUGUCGAUGAGAUGAUGUUCUCUGGAUACAACGAUACAUUGAUCGAAUUGGGAAAAAUGGUAGUCGAUGAUGACAUGAAAAUUCCAAAUUACGACAAGUUCGGGUGGUUUUAUUUGAGGAACGGAUCGACCUUCUUCGACGGACAUUACAAUGUGGCGACUGGGGAAGAUGACAUCGCAAAUCUUGGGGUUUUAAAAAAGUGGAAUUUUACCGAUGUGACCGAUUAUUACCAGAGCCCCUGUAAUGUAGUGGAAGGAAGUGCUGGAGAAUUUUUUCCUCCCAACAGGGGAAUGGAUGAAAUCACUGCUUUCACUCCUGAUUUAUGCAGACCAAUAACGUACGAAUAUGUGGGGACGGCAGCUCAUCAUGGCAUCACAGGGUACAGGUACGAACUGGGGGAAAAAAGUUUGGGGAACAGCUCAAUGAGGCGAUUCCCUCACGGCGUUGCAAAGUAUUUGGAGAAGACCACGACUACUGAGGACUUCUUCGACGCUGAUCAUUCCACGAAAAAAAGUGUCCCCGAUGAUUCGGAUCCCGAUGUCGUUGAUAUGGGGCACUGCUACUGCGACGGUGAGUGCAGUCCCAUGGGGGUCAUCAACAUCACAACUUGCAGAUACGGUGCUCCUGGAUUCGUCAGUCUUCCACAUUUCCACAAGGGCGAUCCCAUUCUGAGGGAGGCAGUGACUGGACUCAAUCCCAACGAGAUGAACCACAGUUUUUACUAUCUUUUGGAGCCGUAUACUGGAAUUCCGAUUGACGUUGCAGCUAGACUUCAAGUGAACAUUUUACUUCAACCAUUGGAUUUUGUUUCAAUUUUUAGAGACGUUCCGAAAAUUUAUUUCCCCUGCUUUUGGUUUUCCAUGAGAGCUGGAACGACUGAGGACUUAGCCGCAUCCCUCCGGAUGCUUCUUUUAGUGCCUAGUAUAGGUUUAUAUUCAAGUAUAAUCAUCUCAAUUGUUGGGGGCCUUGUUCUCUUGGUGAUCGCUAUCACUCAGUUCCUACAAAAGGGCCGGAGCCAUCCCAAAAAUUCAGCUAUGGAGCGACCUGGUUGGAUAUCAGGGGGCGAGAAGAAGGACAAAAAGGCAGAGCACGUUUACAUGGACACAACGACGACACCCGACGAUAACGAGAGAAACGAUCGUCAAUUAUACCCUACAUUGAAUUAAUUCCGGAGGUAAUCAACGAAUUUUGCUCACCACAAUAGUGUGAUAGACUACAAUUCAUUAUUAUCAAAUAAUUGCGUCACACGGAGAGAAAAAAUUCGAUAAAGUCGUGUUAAAAAAUAAUAAUCUUUGAUAAAAUUACGUAAGAUAUUUUAGAGAACUAGUACGUAAUUUUUCCGUAACUUUUACCUGAAUUCUCGGUGAGUAAUGAUAGACAUAGGGUCGGUUGCCUAAUUUUUGCUGAUCACUUCUCUCCGUGCAGACAUGUCCUACAACGAUACAGGGUCGAUAAUAUAAUUAUUUUUAUUAUCUGAAUUUUCCCUCUCGAAUGCCAUAAACUAAUUAAAAGAGACAGUAAUUUUUCAUGUGAGAGCCACAAGCUCAGAAGGUGCAAACGAAUAUAUCAGAUAAUCAAUUUUGUUGUGAUGUGAUGAAGGACAGGAAAUUAAUCCCAACAACUAAAUCCCGAUUAUCAAUAGAACUCCAAUAAUUUAUAAAAAAAGAAUACUGUCUCGCGAUUAUUUUGGGCUAAACAAAAGUAUUUUCCACUAGUUCUUCCCAUAUUUACAGAAUAAUAAAUAAAUUAUGCUUCGGGAAUUUCCUGUUUUUCACCAUUCCACUGCUCAAUUAUGACUAAUUGACUCAGGAAGGACCAUGCCAAAAAUAAAUAUAAAUCUAUUUUAUCUGUAAUUAAAAUAACGAAAAUUCUAUAUUUGAUACAAUCGACAAUUUAGAGAGAAUAAUUUUGUUAUAAUUAAAACAGCUACGGUGAGAUUGAUCUCUCCACAAGUGACAUUAACGGGAGCGAUCAAACGAUAGUCUCGAUGGUAUGAUAGUCUUUAACAUAACUACCCACUGCCUGUAAUGAAAGAAAAUAAUUGACCUUUGUUUAUAUUUAAUUAGUGUCAUAGUGUCGUGAUGACUGUCAUGAAGUUUGAAAUGCCUAUAUAUAAUUUGCUGUGAAUUUUAUAUACGUUUUGCCAUUCCAACUUUCAACUACAUAGUUCUUCAUUCGUUUAUAUUUUAUGUACUGUGAAAUUAUGUAAUGAAAUUUUGAUGGAAGAAAGUCUUUGCAGGAUCAUAUGAACUUUUUAAAAGUGAGUUUUAAUAAAUGUUUAAUAUUUUUAUAGCGAUUUUGUGUCAAUCAAAGUAUAUCCUUUCAAUUAAAAGAGUUUGAAGAUA